GGGAGGACACGUGAGAGAGAGUUUGGUGGGGGGAUUGGGCGCUUCAUUUUCCCAUAUCUCUUCUUGGCAGUGAGCGCUGCCUGCUCCCCUCCUCCUCCUUUUCUUCCUCCUCUCUGCUCCUCUUCUCAUCCCGGCUCUCCUCUCCCAGCUCCCGCCGUGGGGUCUCAGCUCUCCAUCUCCCUUCCCCCCUCCCUCGCUCCCUACCUCCCCCGAGCCUUGCUUGGAGCCUCCGGGCUGCUGCGACGCAGGAGGAUGUCUCAGAGGGAGUCUCCACCACCACCUUCACCACCUCCACCUCCGCCGCUGCUGGGAAUGCAGAGAGGAAAGGUGGAGGGCGAAGAUCGUCCGGAGCGUGCCGAGCCGCUGUCCGAUGCAGAGAGGGAGAUCAUCAAGGACACGUGGGGACACGUCUUCAAGAACUGCGAGGAUGUCGGAGUGUCUGUGCUCAUAAGGUUCUUUGUGAACUUCCCAUCAGCCAAACAAUACUUCAGCCAAUUCCAGGACAUGGAGGAUCCUGAGGAGAUGGAGCGGAGCACCCAGCUUCGACAUCAUGCUGGCAGGGUGAUGAAUGCCAUCAACAGUGUGGUAGAGAACCUCCAUGACCCAGAGAAAGUGUCAUCAGUGCUGGCCCUGGUGGGAAAGGCCCAUGCUCUCAAGCACAAGGUGGAACCCAUGUACUUCAAGAUCCUGAGUGGCGUGAUGCUGGAGGUGUUUUCUGAAGAUUUCCCAGAAUUCUUCACGGCCGAGGUGCAGAUGGUGUGGACCAAACUGAUGGGGAUAAUUUACUGGCAUGUGACAGGGGCCUACACAGAGGUUGGAUGGCUCCAGGUCUCCAGCUCAGCAGUGUAAAGAAUUAGGAAGAAGAGGGGGUAAAGGAGUUUUCAGUGGACUUAAUGAAAUUAAAAACAAAAAAAAAGGAGAAUUAUGUGUGUGUGAUAAUGUAAUAUGUGGAAGGACACAAGUAGGUUCGCAAGUUCUGUGAGGAUGGUUUUACAGACAUGGAUAAGAUUAACGUGGUAAUCCGUGCAACGCCGUACUUUGUUUUGAUGAUAUUUUGGUGCUGUUUCUACACUGCACUUUUACUUAAGCACCAAACGAUGUAGCCACACAUUAUUUUACUCUCUUAAUGAAGGUUUAGCCUAUGGUGCUUUGGUACAUGUUUUUAGUCAUGGAGGCUAUCACUGCUAAUGCUAACUAUUCAUUUCUUCUACUGUUUAUUCCUGUUUCCAAAUCUAUAACACAUAAUUUCUUUUGUAGCAUGGGAUCUUCCCCAUUAAAGAUGUACCAAGUGCUUAGAUGAGCCAAUCCAAAAGCUUUAAUGAACUGGCAGAUUUAAUUGAUGUACUGGUACAUUAAUUGACAACUGACUCUUAGCUAAACCCCAUCCUGUUUGGAUAUUGUUGAUAGGCCUGUCUAGCCCGGCGCCUUUCAUUUCUAGGUUACAACAACUGAUUUUGCAUUUGUGAUGACAACUAUGGCUAUUGGAUUUGAUCAGCGAUUGCUAGCUAGUUAAUGUUUGAUGCAAAUUAAAAAUUAAACUUGUUUUAAAUUGAGAACCCACAUGCACUUAAAAGGUAUGUAACAGCUAAAUGCUAUCAAAGUAAAAGACUCAGCCUAAAGUGAAAUAGAAAUACAUGUUUUGUUUGUUUAGCUAAUUUGGUAGGAAAAAAUAUGAUACGUAUGGUAUGAUAGGGAACAUUUUUUAUAUUGUAGUAAAAAACAUUUUAAGAAAAAAUUAAAUGUAUUAUCAAAAUUAGCAAUUACAAAAUGCUUUACAUGAAAAAAGUGGACAAUCAAAAUGCGCAUCCAUUACAGCAAAUAUAUAAUUAAAACAUAAAUAAAUCAAUAAAUAAAGAUUAUAAAAAAGAGACACCACAGUUCAAACGCUCCGUGUAUUAAUUUCAUUACAAGCAGAGGCGUCCAUAGCAUUACAGGUACGCUGUCCUUUGUUUCCUCAAAGAUUUAUGAUUGGCCAGGGUGGGGUUUUAGUGAACGGUCAGUAGUAGAUGGCAUAAACAGACAUUUAUUUCUGUAAAUGUUGCGGAUUAUUACUUUACAGAGUUCAUUUCUGUGGAAAUCUCUGGUGAGAAAAGCAUCUUCUGGCUAAGCUGCACAUAUGAAUACACCUCAAGACAUUGUGAAAGAGAGAAGAAAUGUUUAGACAAGGGAUGAUUUUUAAGCUAUGAGAGGGGGGCCGUUAGUUGAUGAAGCCCCAGCUGCAGGACUAUGGAGCUGUUGACUGUUAAUAGAUUCUCUUUGUGUCCUACCACAGUAUAUCCUCAUGUUUAGGAGACCUCUGUCCCUUUCUCCUUCUAUUGAUGCACUACGUGCUCUUAAUGUCUUGUUAAACUUUACUGGGGUGUUGUUUGUAUAAGUGUACAGUGGGCGUGUCCUUCUUUACAACUCACUGGCAUGUUCAUCUCUCGAUGAGUUAAAGAGGGAUGUUUCUUCCUGGCUAAAAGUCUUAGACCAGCAACAAUGCUUUAAGACUUUUCUUCUUGCCUGUCACUUUCAUUACACAAACACAAACUAACAUUAUAAAAGUGGGAUGGAAAAUUUCAGCAGGUGGACACAAUCAGCCAUCACACGUGUACAGAUUCACACACAGGCAUUCUCAAAGACCUCUCCUAUACUAAUAUUUACAGGACUGUCACUUAGUUUUUCUCUUCAAAAGCCCAUCAGAGAGACAGGUUGCAUUUAUGACUCCAUUAAGGGCUUUAGAGAAUCACCCUGGAGGUCUACAAGGAACAUUUGUUUUAGAUGUGCCAUCAGUCUGUUUAGAUUUCAGGCCAAUCCCACACCAGAAAUUAAAACCAAAAAUUAUGUCCAAGUACAUGCAAAUACAUGAAACAUACAAUGUGAAAUGCUCGUCUUUGACAAGGGGAAUGUUGGAAGGCUAAUGGUCUCGGUGACAAUUCCUCCCAAAACUCUGCAGACAUCAUACUUUGUAAUCAGCCCCUCCUCAAACCAACAAGUCCAGCAAGUCCUCUAACCUAGAGGCAUCUCAUUAAAUAGCACCCCUACUGUAGAUGGAGGAAGUGCAACAAUUCCACCAACAUACAUCACACCAGCAAGUUUUUUGGACCUUUGUUGUCAUGUAAACUGUCAUAAACACAAUUGCUAGCUAACAGGCUAGCUAAAAGUAGCCUAAUGUCAUGAUUAUGAAACUGUCAUGGUUUGACUACAUUUUGCCACGCAAAUUACUUGGUUAGAUUUCGGAACAAAAACUAUUGAAAAACACCAGUCACAUAGCAGAAUUAAUCUCCAAAUCCACCCCAACCUCUUUGUAUCAUGGACUUUGUACCUCUGUAUAAUAUGUCAUGUUACUCACUCCUUUCCUUGUGUCAUAAUAAAUACUGUAACUAGAAGUCGUCAAAACAUUAAUACAUAACAGUUUGUUGUAAUAACCUGUUGGCACAAACAAUGUAUAUGUCAUUUUUUACAAGAGGACAGUCUCCUUCAAAUAUACUGUAUACUGUUAAACUAACUUCUUUACCUUACUCAAAUUCACCUUCCUGUCACUGGUGCUUCAGUAAUCAGAGCCUUGGACUGCAUUCAUUGCCUUUUGAAGUCCCCAUCAGUAAGCCUCUCUCCAGUCAAUUCCCAAA